GUUCAACUCGGGACCUUGGGGCGCUCCCGCGGUCGAGACCGCCAUGGGCGGCUUCAAAGGUCGGCAUGGCCGCCCCAAGCUCUGGGGAGGCGGCCCCAGUCGAAGAGGCCUCCAUGCGAGGCGGGAGGCCUGGCCCGGCGAGGGGCACAGCCGAGGCGAGUCGGAUCGGCGCGGGCAGAAGGACUGGAAAUCGGAGCGGGGCCAAAGGGGCCCAAGGCCCCGCCCGCGGCCGGAGCGAGGGGAGGCACCCUGGGCCUCCAAGCGCCGGCGCGACCGGGGCAGGUUCCGAGGCGAGAAGCGGGAUCCUGGAGCCCGCAAGGAGCCGAAGGAGAAGCGCACCGGCGCCAAUAGCAUCCCUGUGAACUGGAAGCCACCACAGGCUGAGGAGCAGCCGCAGGGGGUGACGGCCAAGAGUGCACCGCCCCGGAAGCCUUCUCCUGUGGGCCCUGCCGGGCGAGGCACACCAAUUCCUGCCUGGAAGACCAAGCAAGAAGGCCCAGCGUUGGCUGCGCUGCCUGCGCCAGACUUCUCAAGCACAAGUAGACCCUCAGGCGCUGUUCCGGCUCCGGCAGGUCACGGCGCCCAUAGCUCCGACCGCCGGGGUCACCCGCCGCCGUCGAUUCCGAGCGAUCCACGGCGCGAAGACCGGCGCCGGGCUUUGGGGCGAGUAGCUCGCCGCGUCUCGCGGAGUCGCUCCAAGAGGCCCUACGAGCGCCAGGGCGAGUCCAGCCGCGGUUGGAGGAGACCAGAUCGAAAGGGUGCGAGCGGGAAGGGCCGCGAGCGCGAAGGACGGCGGCUGGCCCCGGAGCCUAGGCGCAGCGGGCACGAGGAGGUUCGCGAAGACCCCGACCUCAUCGAGUGCUCCUUGCAUCAGAAACUGCGGCGCUGGGAUAAGAUCGAGGAGAAGGAGAGGAAGUGGGUUUGCAUUGCAUCCUGCCCCUGCAUCGUUUGGGUGGGCGGCGAGGAUCUCGAGCCGCUGCGCCGAGCGCUGCAGAGCCGGGGGGAGGAGCAUCUGCUGGAGGGCUUCGAGGUGAGACCGGAGACCGCAGUUCCAGCCUUGCAUGCGCCUUCAUCGUCUUUGGCAGGUGCGGAGCGCCAGGCAGAGCCAGCGCCCACGCGUGAGGAGGACCGGCUGGAGCAGCCUCAGGCCGCGAUGUCGUCGAUCUAUACCGGGAGCGAUGUCGAUAACGAUGAAGUUGCGGAAGAGGUUCUCGAACACCACGAGCAUGUGUACCUGGAGGAUGAUCGGCUGCAUCCAUUCGGGCCUUCGCCCAUGGGACUGGAGAACUUGGUGGCCUUCAUGGCAUCGAUGGAUGUCACCAGGAAAGGGGUUCUGCGGGGCGCACCUGCUGGGCGCGUGUUGCGGAACCUGUGGCCCAUCUUGACUAGGCGUGUCGAUAACGAGACGGCAUUUCAGGUCAGCAAAUCGGUGGUUCGCAUCAAGGAGUUCUGGUCACACUCCUGGCACGGCAGCACCUGGCGGAAGGUGCUCACGCUGCUGGUGGUCAAGAACGGACUUGCGGCGCUGAUUUCCAGCCUCUUUUUCGCUUUGCUUUUCGCCUUACUUUUCGGCUUUGGUCUGUUGCCGGCCUACGGCGCCGGCGUGGAGACGGAAGACGAGGGCGAGCGAGUCUUCAGCUCUGUGUGGGCCCUAUCAGCGGGCUUGGUGUCCGGCUGCCUCACCCUGAUUUUCUGGCGCCCCCAGAGCUCUAUUUUCCUGGACCGGGUUUGCAUCGACCAGCGUAGUAGUAAGGCUAAAGCCGAGGGCACGCUGAACAUUGGUGCGUUUUUGAAGAACUCGGAGGCGAUGUUGGUCCUUUGGGACUCUUCCUACGUUGAAAGGCUCUGGUGCAUCUUUGAGCUGGCAGCAUACCUCAAGAGCCAUGAGGAGGCGGAGGUGGUUCUGGCGGUGGUGCCAUUCGACGAUCAGAUCGUGGGCAGCAUUGUCUUGACCGUGCUGGGCACCAGUGGUUUCUACUUCGCGGGGGGACAAUUUCGGAACUUCUACCAGGAAGUGGGCACCAUGAAGGCGCAGAUGAAGGAGUUCAGGACCCACAAGGCCAAGGCAUGGUGCUGCAGCGUGAACCACUUGGAUGAGAAGGGCGAUCCGAUGCUGUGCGACCGGGUCAUCGUCACGAAGUGUAUCUCCGCCUGGUUCGGUUCGGAGAAGCAGUUCGAAGUGGUCGUACAAUCUAAGGUGAUGCACAGCGUGUUGCAGCGGCUCGAGGGCAUGAGGGCCUUCCCCUACCUGUGGCUGGUAGGCUCUUUCGCCCCCAUCGCCUGGGGGAUGAUGGACGCCGUGGCUGCCCAGCUUCGCUAUGGACACUUCCAGCCGUCCAUGUCCUUCACCAUCAACGGAGCCAAUUGGUGGCUCUGCAGCAUGCCCUGCUUAUUCGUCUUCUGGAUGACCUUGAUUCAAAGAUGCCACAAGAAGUCCAACGCGAAGUGGAAGGAGGUCCUUGUGAAUCUCGCCAUUAUGUUGGCCAUGUCGACUCUUUUUCUGGCUUUCUUCGGGGUGACCAGGGCUGUGUCCGCGUUGGUGGAGGACAAGGUGCUGGGGCAGGUCAUUCUUCUUGUGCUGAUGGCCAUCGUGACAGCGCUCACCUUCGGCAGCCAAUGCAGGAGGAAGCCCGUCGUGAUCAACCCAGCCAGUUCUGAGAAGUGA